AUGGUUGAUCUUCAAGAGGGGCUGCCAGUCUCCUCAUCUUCAUCCUCGUCCUCCUCAUCGCUGCCAGUCUCCUCAUCUUCAUCCUCGUCCUCCUCAUCGUCUCUUUCACUAUCAACAAUGCAAUUCGAUAUAGAACUGUGGAUGGUUGCCGAAGAAAGGGCUCAGGAGAUACUGAACACCAUUCAACCAAUCAUUGUUUCAGACAGGAGUAGGAAUGAGAUAGUCUAUUAUCUCCAAACCCUUGUUAAAGAUCGUCUUGGACUUGAGGUCUUUAAUUUUGGUUCGGUGCCACUAAAAACCUACCUCCCAGAUGGAGAUAUUGAUCUGACAGUCCUAACUCCUCAAGAUAAGGAAGAGGACUUGGCUAAAGCAUUGUGCAAAAUGCUUGAAGCUGAAGACGGAGAAUCUGAUUUCGAUGUUACCGAUGUUCAGUAUAUCCAAGCACAGGUCAAGGUCAUAAAGUGCAAGAUCAGGAACGUUGCUGUGGAUAUAUCCUUUAAUCAAGUGGCAGGACUAUCAGCUUUAUGUUUUCUGGAGCAGGUUGACCAAAUUUUUGGUAGAGACCACCUGUUCAAACGUAGCAUCAUUUUGGUCAAGGCAUGGUGCUAUUAUGAGAGCCGUAUUCUCGGUUCCAACACUGGUUUGAUUUCAACAUAUGCAUUGGCAGUACUAGUCUUGCAUAUUAUCAACAUAUCUUAUGCAUCAGUAUCUGGCCCUUUAGCGGUACUGUUUAAGUUUUUGGAUUACUAUGCAUCAUUUGAUUGGGGUAACAACUGUGUCACGGUCUAUGGUCCUGUCCUGAUAUCUUCUCUUCCAGAUAUGAAAGAAACCGAGCAUCAUGAAGUUGUCUUGAACGAGAAGUUCGUUAGAGAAUGCAUGGAGUCAUAUUCGUUUUCAACUAAAGCUGCUGAAGCAAACGGCCGUUACUUUCCUGUGAGGCAUUUCAACAUAGUGGAUCCUUUGAAACACAGUAACAACCUUGGCCGAAGUGUGACACAAGGCAAUGUGCAACGUUUAAAACAUGCGUUUACUCUAGGAGCUAGAAAGAUCAAAGAUGUUCUUACACUACCUGGAGAAACCAUGGGCUGGAAACUAGAGAAGUUCUUUUGUAAUUCAUUGGACAGAAACGGUAAGGGAGAAAGACUAGACGUGGAGGAACCUGUCACGGCUUUUGGUACUGGAAGAUCAGAAUUGUCUGAGCUCAGAGGAGAUUUUGAAGGAUACUUCCAGAGUCUUGUAUAUGGGAAGUGGUUUCAUGGUGAAACUCAGUUAUGGAUCCCUCAGGGUCAUGACACAAAUUCUUGGGACAAUGUGAAUGGCCAAAGGAGUGGUUUCUAUUGGAGGAGGGUGGAUGGAGCAACCUCGUUGCAGAACAUGAGAAGAUCAAUAGGAACAGGCACUUUCAUUCCGGAAAUGAGACAAGAAUCUUAUACAAACAGGUCCAGUAGCAAACCGAAGACAGUGAAAUCAUUGCCUUCAACAUCUCAGUCUUAACAGUUCAAACAGAAUAUUUAAAUUGGUAUUUUUGCAUAAUAACUUAGGUUUAAACAAUGACAAAAAGUUUUUUUUUUUUUUUUUGCAAUGGUGCUAAACAUGAAUUUCAA